AUGGACGACGUUAUUCCUGAUCUGCAUAACUUGGCUCCUAUCUACCUAUUCCUACUUAUUGCUGGUGGUCAAGUUGGCUUACCGAUUAUCGCCUUCACGUACGUCUUCUCGAAGAGAAUCUCGAGAUGCUCAACCAUUAUCAAUUACUGCGUCACUUGGAUCAUCUACUCAGUGGUUUAUAGCCUUUACUUUUACGGUGGCGGUCGCAAAGCCUCACAACAACUCUGUGUUGUCCAAGCAUCCCUGAUCCAGGGUGCGCCGCCAAUGGCGGUUGUUGCAUCCUUAUCUGUAGUCAUUAGCACGUGGAGCACCUUCCAUUGGCAAGAUCACGAUCAUCCCUUCAUUGACCGGAUACCGCGCCCUUUGUGGUUCUUCAUGAUAUUGGCACCUCCAUAUAUCGUGCUCUUUAUGUUCUCGUUGGCUUUUGGCCUGUUCAACAUCGGAAAGGGAUUGGCACGUCCAACUAAUGGUCUAUAUUGCUCUAUUUGGCUUGAGCCUGACUCAAUGUAA